CCUGAGUAACUUUCGCCUGUCUGUUCGGAUCCGAUUGCUGGACAAGACACAGCCCGGAAACCCCCAACCCACAGGUCAACAUGCUGCCAAGUAGAGGUGUAUCGGGUCUGCGCCCAACUUCAGGGUUGCGCCUGUCUUUGACCGUGACAAGACAGCCAACCUCAAGUCGGCAAUACUCACAGAUACAGCGUCUUGGGCGCUCCUCACAACAAUGGAGCCCCAAUUCAGCAGCUCUAAGGGGUCAAAGUACCACAUUGCCACGAUUAGCACACCUCAGUCGCAACCCGAUCCGUGUUGGAGUGGCCUCGGGACCCUCGCGGUCUUUGUCCCUGUGGGGCUUCGGUUCGCAACCACAACAGCAGCCCGUUGGCAGCAAGGCCGCCUCGACGUCGGCCACAACGCCCUCUCCAGCUGCUUCGUCAACUGAAGCGCCCGCUAUCGGAUCAUCCCCCGUUUCUCCUGCCGGGUCUCAGCCGGUAGACUCGGCCGUCUCGAGCGCAUCUGAUAUACCGUCAGCCAUUGCCGACUCGGUCUCGUCUUCUUUCGUUCCCGAGACAUUCAGCGACUUCGACCUCGAGCCUUCGAUUCUUGAUAUCCCCGAGCAGAUUGGUUAUCUGAAGCACCUGGGCUUGGACUUUGGCUGGGGUCCUACUGCCUUCUGCGAAUGGAUGCUGGAGCACGUCUACAUCAUGACUGGCCUUCCCUGGUGGGCCUCCAUCUCGGCCGUUGCGCUUGGCAUUCGCUUGGUGUGGCUCUGGCCCACUAUCAUCGGCCAGAGGAACGCUGCCAAAAUGGCAUUGUUGCACAAAGACCCCGAGUUCAUGAAGGCAUCUGCCGAGGCCAAGCAGGUCAUGUGGGAUAAGGAUGCCGACACCAUGGUCAAAAUGAAGGUUCAGGCAAAGGUCCAGGGCAUGCAGAAGAGAGCCGGUGUCUCCAUGUUGAAGACUCUACUGCCUCCACUCGGAAUUGUCCCUCUCAGUUACGGCAUGUUCCGCUUGAUCAGAGGAAUGUCUGCACUCCCUGUCCCGAGUCUGGAGACGGGCGGUUUUGCUUGGAUAACGGACCUGACAGUCUACGAUCCUACCUAUAUCCUGCCAUUGGUAUCAGCUGCCCUUAGUGCUAUCACCAUCAGACAAACCCAGAAGGCCAACCUGAACCCCACACCGCAGAACGAGUCCAUGAACAAGUUUAUGCUUUAUGGCUUGACACCCUUCAUGUUCGUCUGUACCAUGUGGUUCCCCGCUGCUGUGCAAUGGUUUUUCCUCAUGUUUGCAGUCACCACCGUCGUUCAGGGUCGUCUUCUCAACAUGCCUGCUAUCCGCCGCAUAGUUGACCUUCCUCCUUUGCCCGGAACGCCAGCUUUGACCGUCGCUGCAAACCUGCAAUACCAAGCCCCGUCACGCAGUGGUAUCAGGGGUAUAUUGGACGGCGCUAAGAGCAACAUGGCCAACGUGACCAAGGGCAUCGAGGACUAUACCGGAGGUUCGGCCAAGGCCGCCGCGAAGAAGGCUCAGGAGUAUGAGAAGAAGCGCGCUGAGGAAGAGAAGCAAAAGGCUAUGAGCCGUAUGUUAGAAGCCCAGCGGAAGAGGGCAUCUCGACGAAAUUAGACUGGAUCCCCACUUUCAAUUUAAUGUAGCCAUGUACGAUCAGACCUGUACUAUAGGAUAUAGAACACAAGGGAACGGCUAGCUCGAGCUCGGGAUGGUCCCAUUUGCUGACGAAGCUCUUGUACAUAUAUAUGCACUUAGAUGAUGCACACUAGGCACUCUGCCAACGGAUAGAUUUAUGGCUUG